AUGAUAUUCGUAACUGGAGACGUCCUCUCAAUCUGGGUCCAGGGUGGUGCUUCUGGCUUAUUGGUCAUUGGCACAAACGCAAGAUUCGCCGAAGGCAUCGUCAUUACAGGUCUGCUGAUACAAGUUAUCAUGUUCGCGCUUUUCGCAGUCGCAGCAGUCAUCUUCCGAAACCGCAUACGAAGUCGCCCUACGCCCGAGUCGUAUGAUACGGAUAUCCCUUGGAGGAGGACCUUGUGGGUGCUGUUCAUCGUUAGCUUCCUGAUCAUGAUCAGAUCUGUCUGCCGUGUUGUGGAGUAUGCUAUGGGCAACGAUGGGUAUCUUCUUCGGCACGAAUGGGCUAUGUACAUAUUUGACUCGGUUCCAAUGUUUGCAGUUACAGUCCUGUACUACCUAUGGUACCCGACCAUACUGAUUGAUAUAGGGGUCGAACUCCAGAGCAGUGGCAUGUAG